GUUUGGAAUACUCGAGAACAACUUCCAGUGGAAUGGUGUGACAUUUUCCAUUGGAAAACGCUCCACUAAGUUGUCAUUGUUUUUUUGGUAACCAUUGAAAACGUUUGCAAGGUGAAAAUUGGUGGAAAACUUGUGAAAAAUAAUGAAUUCGACGAAAAAUGAGGAGUCUACAACGAAACCAAUGCAACGGAUAUACGGGCAAAUUGUAAUUUCGCUCGAGAAUUGCCUGCUGCCGGAUACAAAAUUGGAACAAACCCCCUCGCAUUUGGAUGACUUGGAUCGCGAGACGGAAAUUGACUUGCGAAUUCUGGGAUGUGAGCUCAUCCAGACGGCUGGGAUCUUGCUAAAAUUGCCCCAGGUGGCAAUGGCAACUGGGCAGGUACUAUUUCAGCGUUUCUUUUAUUCUAAAUCAUUUGUCCGACACAAUAUGGAGACCACCGCCAUGAGCUGUGUUUGUCUGGCGUCCAAAAUUGAAGAGGCGCCCAGACGAAUACGCGAUGUUAUUAAUGUUUUCCACCAUAUUAAACAAGUCCGUGCACAAAAACCCAUUACGCCUAUGAUUAUUGAUAUUAACUAUAUCACACUCAAAACUCAAGUUAUCAAGGCGGAGAGGAGAGUCCUCAAGGAAUUGGGCUUCUGCGUACACGUCAAGCAUCCCCACAAGCUAAUUGUGAUGUACCUCCAAGUGCUGGGACUCGAGAAGAACCAGAAAGUGAUGCAGAUGGCAUGGAACUUCAUGAAUGACUCCCUGCGGACGGAUGUGUUCGUGCGGUAUCAGCCUGAGACGAUAGCCUGUGCCUGCAUCUACCUAACUGCUCGGAAGCUGUCCAUUGUCCUCCCGGCGAAUCCCCACUGGUACAGUGUCUUCUCGGUCAGCGAAAACCACAUCCUGGACGUGUGCUAUCGCAUCUGCCAGCUCUACAGGCGCACCAAGGCGAAUGUGGAGAAACUCGAAGCAGCCGUUGAGGAGCUCCGGAAGCGCUACAUGGAUUCCCGGAAAACACGAACGGUAGGGCAGAAUUCCUCACCGGUGCAGCACAGCGUCGACCGAAGCAAUGGGUCAGCACACAAUGCAUGGAGUGGGUUUAUUUCACGAGCAGUGCCAGUACCGGUGGAGGGGAAUGCUGAUGAGCAGAAAAAGUCCCAAUCCAAGUCACGGACACCCAGUCCGUCUAUCGAGGAGAAGAGUCGUUCGCGGAAGAAGAUGAAGCAGAACGAUAGGCGGUCACGGAGUCCACUUGGGAAGCUGAGCAGCAGCAGUAGUAGCAAGAAGAAGUCACGGCAUUCAUCGCGUUCGCCCAGCUCAUCGCCAUCUCUCAAGCACAGAAAAAGUGAUAAAAAGAGCGAUCGGUCUCCUAUUGGAAGUCGCGACAAGUACAUCAAUGGCGAUAAGCAUGGCAGUGGGAAGGAUUACAUCAGUUCCAAGGACUACGGGAAGCGUGAUCGUGAUCGAAGGGAUCGCGAUGGGAAGGAUCGUUCAUCAAAGUACGAUCGCUACAGCUCAUCGAGUCGGGAUCGUUUGAAGCAUCGUGCAAGAUCGAAAGAUGUUCGUCGAUGAAGGAUAAAAAGUGUUUUCUUCUUUUGAAAACCCAUUUUGGAGGUCUUCUGUACAACUUAAUAAUAAUUAUUGAGACACCAAAAGCAAGUGUGAGUUUUAUCGCAAUUUGUAGCAAAAAAAAAAAAAGAUUUAUUUUUUAUACUAUAAAUCAUGAAUGAGGGUAUAAAUUUAUUUCAAAUCUUUAUAAGUUUUUAGCAAAUUAACAAUUCCCUCACAUGUAUAAAGUGUAAAAAAAGAAUAUAAAUCUACAGAAGAAGCAUCUUUAUAUACUACAUAUUAGUAUAAUAGAUAGUUACAAAAUAUAUAUUUUAAGGGACAUGUCAAUAAAAAUUUCUGAUAAAACAAA